AUGUCCUUCCUCAAGCGCAGAGGCCGGAUCCCCCCCGGCACCAAGGUUAAUCCCCCGGAGCAGCCGCCGCCAGCACCCAAAUUCCCCAACGAGUACAAGCUCCGCAUAUACUGCACCGCCUGCAACGCGGCGCCGGGCAACGGCAGUUGCUCCACGGCAAAACAGCUGACAUCCAGCCUGCCCAACCGCAUGGCGUACCACGACCCCAACUACACGGGCACCUUCCUGUGCCAGUGGGAACUAGGCAUCGACUUCUGUUCCGCCAAGGCCAAGACCGCGCCCACCACCAAGGCCGCCGUCACCGAGGUGCUGACGCAGGCGUGUGGGACCCUCAAGCAGCCCGGCGCGGCGGCGCCGGCGGUGCCGAAGAGGCUGGAACCGUUCAAGGUCGACGAUUUGCUAAAUGGGUUGAAGGCUAAGGGGAUUGCCUACAAAACCACGCCCUCCGCUUUUCUCUGA